AGCCGUCGAAAACCAUAAGACAACCUCACGAAGUCUCCUAUUUAAUACUCCAAAUAUCAUCUUAUCCCAAUCUUGUCUAAGAUUCAUUCAUCAUAAACAUGGAAUCAUCCCAACAAACACCAACAAAAAACAAAAUCAAGAAUCAGCAUCCAAAAAGGUUCACCAAUGAGCAAAUCAAAGCGCUAGAGUCCAUUUUCGAGCAAGAAACGAAGCUCGAGCCAACGAAGAAGAUGCAGAUUGCAAGAGAGCUCUCCCUGCACCCUCGGCAGGUAGCCAUAUGGUUCCAAAACAAACGAGCUCGUUGGAAAUCCAAGCGAAUCGAGCAAGAGUUCACGAAGCUCAAAUCCAGCUACAACUCUCUCUCCAUCAUGUUUGAUGACUUGAAGAAGGAGAAACACUCUCUUCAAAUCCAGUUGCAGGAGCUGAAUGAUCGGUUGAAGAAAAAUCGCGAUGGAGAUGUUGGUGUUAACGAUGACGACGACAGAAUUAUUACAAGUUGCUACGGAGAAAAUGAGGAUCGAGAAUUCAUAUUCGACGAGCUGUCGGAGAUUCCAAAUUGGUGGGAGAGUUAGAUACGUAUAUGUAUAUAUAUAUGGGGACGUAAUCAAAUAUUUCAGUAAGUAUAUAGUUUGAUAUUUUUAUAUCACUAAUUUGUGGAAUUUGGGAGUGAUGUGUUUGAAUGAUUAGUGAUGAGUGUGUUUUUUCAACCUUUUGUGUUAAUGGCGAAGAUAAAACAUUUAGGCAUUUAGCAUAUCAUUCCUAUGUACUUAUAUAACAUACUACUUUGUGAUUCUUACAUUCAUUUAGCAAUAACUAUCUAUUUAA